ACCCCAUCCAGCAAUUACAGAACCUCCCUGACGUCCCAUAUUAAUUCUUCGCUCCUGGACACCCCGAGAACAUAUUGCACAUCCUCGACGAAGCUCAGUUGUCGGCACUGGACCAGCUCAAGGAGCGGCGGCACUGGGUACUGCGGCAUGGAAAUUUCGGACAAUACCAGGCGGUUGGGCUCAACUGAUGAGCGUGACACCUACCCGCGGCUCCCUGUCGACACGCUUGGGAUGGAACGGAGAGACUAUUGA